AGCGAGCGAGCCGUGUUUCUGCUCUACACAGCCAUCUACCGUUCAAGAAACGGUUGCUAGUGCCCCCUUCAUUUCAUGCCUUUUAUGCCACUUACCAAGCUUUCCACACCGCAAACUUUUCCCUCACCUCACUACUGUAGUCACCUCACUACUGUAGAAGUAUGUACACUCUCGCCACCAGAAUCAAUAGCUCGCUCGUCUAUUUUACUACCGCGGUACUUUGCUUGUAUAACGCCCCAGCUGGCCCCAGCCACGUCACCCACCCAUGCAGAUGCACCCCAGAAAGUGCCCGGAGAGAAGCCGGCAGGCCUGCUCCAGAUGCCGCAAGACGGGAAGCUCUAGAGGCAUAGAGCGCGGAGGAGAUGCU